GGAAGAGCCUGCCUCCCCAAGGACACAUAACCUUUACCAGCUUCCUAAAGUAGGCCAGAGGUGCCUAUCAGCUCUCUCAGGACUGUUUCUGUAGCAACCAUGGCCACCUUCGUGGAGCUCAGUACCAAAGCCAGGAUGCCCAUCGUGGGCCUGGGCACCUGGAAGUCUCCCACUAAUAAAGUCAAGGAAGCUGUGAAGGCCGCCAUUGAUGCUGGGUACCGCCACAUUGACUGUGCCUAUGUGUAUCAGAAUGAGAAUGAAGUGGGGGAAGCCAUCCAGGAGAAGAUCAAGGAGAAGGCCGUGAAGCGGCAGGACCUCUUCAUUGUCAGCAAGCUGUGGUCCACCUUCUUCGAGAAAAGCCUGGUGAAGAAAGCCUUUCAGAAAACCCUCACGGAUCUGAAGCUGGACUACCUGGACCUGUAUCUAAUUCACUGGCCACAGGGAUUCCAGGCUGGAAAUGAAUUUUUACCAAGAGACGAAAAAGGCAACAUUCUCGUCAGUAAAGCAACAUUCUUGGAUGCUUGGGAGGCCAUGGAGGAACUGGUGGACCAGGGGCUGGUGAAAGCCCUGGGCAUCUCCAACUUCAACCACUUGCAGAUUGAGAGGCUCCUGAACAAGCCUGGACUGAAACAUAAGCCAGUGACCAAUCAGAUUGAAUGCCACCCAUUUCUCACACAGGAGAAACUGAUCCAGUACUGUCACUCCAAGGGCAUUGGCAUCACGGCCUACAGCCCUCUGGGUUCCCCAGACAGACCUCAUGCCAAGCCAGAAGACCCUGUAGUACUGGAGAUUCCCAAGAUUAAGGAGAUUGCUGCAAAGCACAAGAAAACUGCGGCCCAGGUUCUGAUUCGGUUCCACAUCCAAAGGAACGUGGUGGUGAUCCCCAAGUCUGUGACACCCUCCCGCAUUCAGGAGAACAUUCAGGUCUUUGACUUCCAGCUGAGUGAUGAGGAGAUGGCCACCAUUCUCAGCUUCAACAGAAACUGGAGGGCCUGCGGCCUGUUUAUGGCAAGUCAUCUCGAGGACUUCCCUUUCACUGCCGAAUACUGACACGGAUUCACCUGAUGAGGUUGCCCAGUCGCCCUCUUCACGGUGUGCCAUCCUUUCAUCAGGACUCCUACUGUUGCCAAGCCUACCAGAUACCACACCGAGCCAGCCUUGAGAAGACAAUUCUGCAUUUAGACCUCAUGUUCAACUAGAAACAGCCUGUCACAGAGGAUGCUUACUCAGCGAAGGACAAUGGUUUUCACUAAUUAGAUCUGGCCAAAUGUUUGUCUUACCCUAGGAACACUGGUAAUUCUGAGGAUAUAAAGAUCAAACAAUACAAAUAACAAUCAUCACACACAUUUAGCAGUCAGGAGAGCUUUCUGAACGCCGUGGGUCCAACUUUCACCAUUUAUACUUUGUAGAAGAGGAAAUGAAGCCAAGAACUUGCUGAGGGCCCCAGGUAGAACGUGGCUACAAGAAGUUUCAAAGGAAAGGUGCUCUUGGGGAGAGCUCAGGACAAUUUUCUUCCUUCCUCAUCCCAAGCCUUCUCCUGGCAGGUACUUGCCUCUUUCCCCAAAGACUUUGUUGACUCUUUCCUUUUCUUGCUCUUCCCUCUGAUAUGCCAUGACAAAGGUCAAUGCUGCUGGUAGACGAGUCCUUAAAAUUCACACAAUUCCACUAUUGAGAGAGAGAGAGAGAGAGAGAGAGAGAGAGAGAGAUUUAUGGGAAUGAGGCAGGGAAUGAGGGAAUCUGGACAUGACAACAUUAACUGUUGUCGAUAAUCUGGGAUAAGACCUUUUUAUAUAGAACUCUAUUCUUAGAAAGUAUGUUAAGAAAACAUUCUUAGAAACAUUUCCAAUUAUUUAGGAAUAUCCACAUGAAACAUAGUGAGCAAAUGGCCAUCCAUUUUACAAAUAAAACAAAACUAACAGUUUGCCAUUAUUUAGUCCAAAUACUUCUUAAAAAGAAAUUUAUUCAAGAUCCAAGUGGUAGUCAAGACAGGGGAGGAUCAUUCCUCCAUCCCUGCUCCCCAUGACCGGUGUCCAUUGAUGGUCACUGACUCACCUCAUUCUCUGCUGCUCACAGGCCCACUUACACUCAAUUUCCUGCUCUGCAUGGUGAUGGGGAUGGGGGGACACCCACUACCCAAGCUUCCUAGUCAGACAGCUUCCUCUGGGAUUGGUCAUUGAGGUUCUGUUAGGAAGUUGAACAUCAGCAGAAAAAGUCAUCAUUGUCUGAACACGUGAUCCCAGCUCUUCCUAAUCAAGUCUCCACAUUGCUACUGACUCCUACCAGCUGACAGCGCUUCUGGGAUUAGGACAUCCCCCUUUCUCCUGUAUCCUCUCAUCUCAAGGAGUUGUUGGUUGUUUUUACUCUUUGAGGGGCCUGCUACCCAGCUCCCAAAUAAUCACACGGAGACUUAUUCUUUCUUAUAAAUGCCCAGCCUUAGCUUGGCUUGUUUCUAGCCUGCUUUUCUUAACUAAAAUUAUCCUAUCUAUCUUUUGCCUCUGGGCUUUUAUCUUUCUCUAUUCUAUAUACCUUUCUUCUUACUCCGUGGCUUGCUGUGUAACUGAGUGGAGGGCCACUGGUGUCCUCUCUUCUUCUUUUCCUGUUCCCCCUUCUCUUUUCUCCUCCUGCUUAUUCUCUCUGCCUGACAACUCCACCUAUCCUUUCUCCUGCCUAGCUAUUGGUCAGUCAGCUCUCUAUUAGGCUAAUCAGGUGUUUUAGACUAGCAAAGUAAUACAACCUCACAGAGUUAAACAAAUGUAACAUAAAAGAAUGCAACACAUCCUUAAAUCAUUAAACAAAUGUUUCACAGCAUAAACAAAUGUAAUACAUCUUAAAAUAAUAUUC